UGUAACGCGGCUUCAUAUUCAGCUUUGAGGGGAAGGCCCAAGUCAAGAUGGUCGUCACGGGGCAUUCUUCCCUCUCUUUGGCCUCUGCCUGAUCUCGUCAUCAUCUCAACGACAUGCUAGACUGCUUCCUUUCGUGAAAACAUAAAAAAGGUCCAGAACUACCACAAAAAUGAGUCGCUCUGGUGCCAAACAUCCUGAAAUGCCGAACAUUCGCAUGUGGGUGGAAAACGUAGCAGGAACCAAGAUCGACAAGGCUUUUGGAAGGCAGCCGCAACCCCCCUACGCGCCAAUGCGGGCAGAGCUCCGUCCAAAUCUCCCGGUCUGGGGUCAGACCCUUCCAAUAUCAGCCCAGGUUGUGGAUAGCAACAAGCCACACCCAAGAUCCGCUGAGUCCGACGCACUGAGGACUGCCCUCAUAGAAUACAACAAACUCGGAAUCGUGCCAAAGCUUGAUCUCGACGUUGACAGGUGCACCUGGGAAGACGUCUUUAAGUGCAUGGCUGAAGCACAAGACCAGUACGAGGAAAAGGAAAAAACCUGGCGAGGCCGUCUGAGUCUCCGCUGGCUUUUCCGAAAAGCCGGCGACGUCGCAGAUCAAGUUGACCCCAUUCUCCAACUGAUGCCGGAAGACUAUGGCAUCGGUGUCUUAGCCGCUGGUAUUUCGCUUGUAUUGAUGCUUGCCAAAACGGCGAGUCAGAAUCGGCUCAAGAUCUUCGAAGCCUUUCAAGAGAUCCCAAUGAUGGUGGCAUCGGCAGCAGUGAAGCUUAGGCGCUUCCCAGAGGACCAAGAACUCAAGAGAUGCGGCGAGAAGCUUAAUCUAACGAUCCUCAAGACGGUUUCGAAUCUCAUAGGCUCCUUAUUGCCGGAACGUCAAGCAUCGAAAAUCCACUACUUUUCGGCGAGGCGUUUCAACGAAAGCGCUAUCGAUAGCAUAUUGGAGGGAUUACGAAAGGAUGCCAACGAGCUCAAAACCUUGGUCCAGGAUCUUUUGGACGACGCGGUUGUUGAGACACAAAAACUGGUGAGAGAAAUCAAAGGGGACACGAGCACUCUAUUGACUCAGAUGGGUACUCUCUCAACCCAAGGAUUCAGUAAUAAUGCCCUUCUGAAAGAGGUCGGAGACGACGUGAGAAAACAAGCAGCACAAGCUGAAAUGCAGGCCGCUGCCCGACAGGAGGAGUUGCUCACGAAGAUCGAAGCAGAGCGCAGAAGAGAAGUGGAAGUACUACGAUGUCAGCAAAUGUUGAUCGAGUCAAACAAGGCCAAGCACGCUCUAGAACUCAUGCUUAAGGACGUCGUUGUUGCCAACACUCUGGAAUUGGAAGCACAAAAUAGGAAAUUACAGCUGCUUCAGAUCCAUUUAGAUGAGAGAGAACGCGCCCUUACUCCGCUCCAGGGUUUGAUGACAGUACCCCAGUUCCUCAUCGCCAUCGGUGCAGACGAUCACAUUGGGCAAUCGACAACGGACAUUGAAAGAAUCUUUGGCCUCCGCAGCAGCAUUCAUCGGGUGGCUGAGGCCGAGGUUAUGUCAGUGGUCCAGUCCUCCGGGUUUCGCACCUGGCUUGUUCCCAACCGCUCGGACGUCGUUCUCAUCGACGGAACCAGCGCAACAUCACACUUCGCGGGCCACGUCGAGCGCGUCUCGGCCAGUUCGAUCCUCUGUGCCUCUCUCCUUUCGCAGCUGGGAAGCAGCCAACCGGAAAGUUUCCGACUCUAUCAUUUCUGUGGGUUGCAUGCGUUCGAGAACGACGAGCUUGAGCUAGGUGCUGGCGGGCCCCGGGGUCUGAUGCGCCGUCUUCUCUGUCACCUGGCCACGCAGGCACACCGUCGCCAUUUACUGCGUCUAGACUUUAUCGACGACCGUACCUAUCGCGACGGGCUCAAGGAGCAGCGGAUCGAGUAUCUGUGCGACGCCUUCUAUAAGAUAUUGCAGGAAAUGCAAUCCGAGCUGGCACUAGAUCUGCCCAUCUACUGCGUCGUCGACGGUAUCGCGCACUACGAGACGGAGGAGUGGCGGGGCGAGCUAGCCUUUGUUGCCCGAAUGUUCAGGGAUAUCGUGACCGACACCAAGCUGAAGCCCUGCUUCAAGUUGCUGCUGACGGGUCCCCACAGAGUUCGCUAUGUGCAUGAUAUGAUGGGCUUGCCUGCCGAGAAGCGCCUGCUUGUGAAACCGGCAAACAUGAGCCAGGCUGUAGGAGAAGCCGAGCGCAGCCUGGUUUCUGGCUCGGAGCAGAUGUUGGUGGCACGGAGGCUGCAACUCCUGGAGAAAAAUAAGAUGGCAGGGCAGAGCAUGUAUCAUGAUGACGACUACGCGUCUGAUGAUUAUGAUUGAGAAACCUACGUUUUUGAUCACUGAUGAUGAGAUACCGUACUUCCACCUGUUUGAUGUCGGGUGCUCAAGUACAAACAUUAACCCAUCAUUGUUCCUAUCUUCUAGUCCUCUGCUGUGACACCUUCACUACAUUCCUUGCACUGUUGCACAUAGCUGCGGAUGCUCGACGCAGCCUGAUACCUAUCAAGGUAGAAGCUACCGUCAAGACCAUCAUGGGUAACCUUUUCAGUUCUUGAUCAUGUCACGGUAUGUCACAAACCUACUAAGCUAAUUGCACUUAGUCACAUAGUUUUCUGUUAGCAUCUCUGCAGCUAUGAGCUCGAGAGUCCGGGGCUGUACUGAGGCUACACGUACGACUAGC